CAACGGCGCAUCACACCAUAGAGCUGGCCUGGCCUGUGGCUAGAAGAGUCGCUUCCGGGGUGGGUCGGAGGAGGGGGGCUGUUUCCGGUUCCGGGCAUGCGGCUGCGGGUCAGGGAAGCUGCAGCCGCUGCCGCCGCCGCCGCCGUUGGGCCUGGGACGAGGGCGCGGCUGGGCGGCGGCGGCCGGGCCCCCAUGGCGAAGAGCAAGUUCGAGUACGUGCGGGACUUCGAGGCGGACGACACGUGCCUGCCCAACUGCUGGGUGGUCACCCGGCUGGACGGCCGCAACUUCCACCGCUUUGCUGAGCAGCAUGGCUUCAGUAAGCCUAAUGAUGACCGUGCCCUCCAUCUGAUGACUAAGUGUGCCCAGACUGUGAUGCAAGAGCUGGAGGAUAUUGUCAUGGCUUAUGGACAGAGUGAUGAAUACAGCUUUGUUUUUAAAAAGAAAAGUAACUGGUUUAAAAGAAGAGCAAGUAAGUUCAUGACUCACGUCGUCUCCCAGUUUGCCUCCAGUUAUGUUUUCUAUUGGAAAGAUUAUUUUAAGGACCAGCCACUCCUGUAUCCACCCGGAUUUGAUGGACGAGUUGUCUUGUAUCCCAGUAACCAGAAUUUGAAGGACUAUCUCAGCUGGAGACAAGCAGAUUGCCACAUUAAUAACCUCUAUAAUACAGUGUUUUGGAUGCUUGUGCAGCGAAGUGGCUUGACACCAGUCCAAGCACAAGACAGAUUACAGGGAACUUUGGCUGGAGACAAGAAUGAGAUUUUAUUUUCUGAAUUCAACAUUAACUACAACAAUGAGCCUUUGAUAUAUAGGAAAGGAACUGUACUAAUAUGGCAGAAGGUUAACGAAGUCACUACAAAAAGAAUAAAACUUCCAAAGGAAACGGAAGAGAAGGAAGUUGAAGUGACACGGACCAGGAGUAAAGCUGUCCCACUGCACUGUGACAUCAUUGGGGACCAGUUCUGGGAGGACUAUCCAGAAAUCCUAGCUGAUAGCUGACCUUCCCAGUUUGAGUUCUUGUGCAAAUAACAGGAAACAACUUAUCUGCAUGAGCUUCUGGGAAGUGAGGACUGUGGGGUGAGGCUCGGAUAAUUUAACUUUGUAAUUCAGCAUCCACAUUUUGAGCGAUGUUGUCUUAGAAAUAGUGUCCUUGCCUGUCAUGCAGCUAUAUCUAUCUGCAGAAGCGAAAAUCAUGGUACUUUCAAAGGGAAAGAACUUUUAUAUAAAAUUACAAAAUUAACCCUUGUAAAUGCAUAUUUGCAUUGACUUAUAACAACAUCAUCAUGCAUUUAUGUAGGAUCUUUCACAUUAACGUCACAGGGUGCUUUAUAGAGUUACUCCCCUAAAACCAUCUACUCUUUGGAACAGUUAAAAGCAGCAGAAAGAUUAUUUCUUUAGGUUUGUUUUAAACUCUGAAACAGACUAAAGACUUGGAAUAGUGCCUUGAAUCAAGUUCCAUAACCAGGGAGCUUAGUUACAAAAAUUCUCUAGCAGUCCACAUCUCAGGCCCAUAUCGAAGAUACACAAAGUAGCCCAACAAUUUGCUGUAACUAAUUUUAAAGGGGUUUUUCUCAUGUGUAAAUUACUUUUCUAUUUUUUUAAAGAUACAGAAAUGUAAUUCUCCCCCUCUCCUAUGUUUAUUCUUCAGAGUUUUUUGUCACUGUGGCUUUGCUAGUUUAGUGAAGGUCUCAAAUGGCCAAAUGUUGUAAUAAAGUUCUCAUACAGAUUUCUGUCGCGGUAGGAGGUGUGUGUAGGUCAUGCUCUCAUUUUUCUGCUCACUGGGAAACCCUCUGGCUCCUGCUGGCUAGGAUUAUGGAAACUAGCAGAGAAGAGGGAGAAGAUCUUAUUGCUUAUAGUUGGGAAGGUCUUAUGUUACUCUUGUGUUUCAUCUAUGCAGUCGUAUUGAUGACAAUUCCUGCUACAAGAGGAGGCAGAGAUGAGUCAUGAUGGGAUGGAUGAGGAGAAACUACCUUGGAGUGUGUACCUGAAGGAAUUUGGUGGCCUGGCCCACAUAUAGUUUUUGUGCUGAUUUAACUAUUUCGGUUAGAGGAAUACUUGUUACCAAAGUAGUUAAAUCAGCUCAGUCCCUAGUGUGGACACAGUUAUACCCGUAUAUUUAGGGGGAUAAGCUAUAAAAGUGUAUACUGAUAUACAGGCAUCCAUACUAGGGAUGGUACCAUUUUAACGAUACUGGUUUCAAAAUGACAUAGUUUAACUGUCAGAUAAGGUGGGAAUGUAAUAUCUUUUAUUGGACCAACUUCUGUUGGUGAAAGAGACAAGCUUUUAAGCUUACACAGAACUCUUCUUUAGGUUUGAUUAAACUAUGUUGACAAGUACUUGGUAAGGAAUUGUUCAUGCUUCGCAGGCUGGGCAUAGACAAUGAAAGCAAGGAGCAACUAUGACUAAAGAAGUCCACUGUCAACCUUGUCUCUCAUUAAUUAACAUUCCAGCCACUCCUCUUCCCCCCCCCUCCCCCAGGAAGAGAGCUGAUUUCAUAGAAUCAUAGAAUAUCAGGGAUGGAAGGGACCUCAGGAGGUCAUCUAGUCCAACCCCCUGCUCAAAGCAGGACCAAUCCCCAAUCAAAUCAUCCCAGCCAGGGCUUUGUCAAGCCUGACCUUAAAAACUUCCAAGGAAGGAGAUUCUACCACCUCCCUAGGUAACGCAUUCCAGUGUUUCACCACCCUCCUAGUGAAAAAGUUUUUCCUAAUAUCCAACCUAAACCUCCCCCACUGCAACUUGAGACCAUUACUCCUUGUCCUGUCCUCUUCUACCACUGAGAAUAGUCUAGAACCAUCCUCUUUGGAACCCCCUUUCAGGUAGUUGAAAGCAGCUAUCAAAUCCCCCCUCAUUCUUCUCUUCUGUAGACUAAACAAUCCCAGUUCCCUCAGCCUCUCCUCAUAAGUCAUGUGCUCCAGACCCCUAAUCAUUUUUGUUGCCCUUCGCUGGACUCUCUCCAAUUUAUCCACAUCCUUCUUGUAGUGUGGGGCCCAAAACUGGACACAGUACUCCAGAUGAGGCCUCACCAAUGUCGAAUAGAGGGGAACGAUCACGUCCCUCGGUCUGCUCGCUAUGCCCCUACUUAUACAUCCCAAAAUGCCAUUGGCCUUCUUGGCAACAAGGGCACACUGCUGACUCAUAUCCAGCUUCUCGUCCACUGUAACCCCUAGGUCCUUUUCCGCAGAACUGCUGCCUAGCCAUUCGGUCCCUAGUCUGUAGCUGUGCGUUGGGUUCUUCCGUCCUAAGUGCAGGACCCUGCACUUAUUCUUAUUGAACCUCAUCAGAUUUCUUUUGGCCCAAUCCUCCAAUUUGUCUAGGUCCCUCUGUAUCCUAUUCCUACCCUCCAGCGUAUCUACCACUCCUCCCAGUUUAGUAUCAGCUGCAAAUUUGCUGAGUGUGCAAUCCACACCAUCCUCCAGAUCAUUUAUGAAGAUAUUGAACAAAACCGGCCCCAGGACCGACCCCUGGGGCACUCCACUUGACACCGGCUGCCAACUAGACAUGGAGCCAUUGAUCACUACCCGUUGACCCCGACAAUCUAGCCAACUUUCUACCCACCUUAUAGUGCAUUCAUCCAGCCCAUACUUCUUUAACUUGCUGACAAGAAUACUGUGGGAGACAGUGUCAAAAGCUUUGCUAAAGUCAAGAAACAAUACAUUCACUGCUUUCCCUUCAUCCACAGAAUCAGUAAUUUCAUCAUAGAAGGCGAUUAGAUUAGUCAGGCAUGACCUACCCUUGGUGAAUCCAUGCUGACUGUUCCUGAUCACUUUCCUCUCGUGUAAGUGCUUCAGGAUUGAUUCCUUGAGGACCUGCUCCAUGAUUUUUCCGGGGACUGAGGUGAGGCUGACUGGCCUGUAGUUCCCAGGAUCCUCCUUCUUCCCUUUUUUAAAGAUUGGCACUACAUUAGCCUUUUUCCAGUCAUCCGGGACUUCCUCCGUUCGCCACGAGUUUUCAAAGAUAAUGGCCAAUGGCUCUGCAAUCACAUCCGCCAAUUCCUUUAGCACUCUCGGAUGCAACUCGUCCGGCCCCAUGGACUUGUGCUCGUCCAGCUUUUCUAAAUAGUCCCUAACCACCUCUUUCUCCACAGGGGGCUGGCCAUCCACUCCCCAUGUUGUGGCUGGAAUGUUAAUUAAUGAGAGACAAGGUUGACAGUGGACUUCUUUAGUCAUAGUUGCUCCUUGCUUUCAUUGUCUAUGCCCAGCCUGUGAAGCAUGAACAAUUCCUUACCAAGUACUUGUCAACAUAGUUUAAUCAAACCUAAAGAAGAGUUCUGUGUAAGCUUAAAAGCUUGUCUCCCCCCCCAGUUGGCUCGUCUAGCAAUAUGCAUUUUUUUUUUUACUAUUAUUUAUUCACAACCUGUCUGAAAAGCACUAAUAAAAAAUUACGGAGUCAA